GCGGCGGUGGCGGCGGCGGCGGGGCCCGAGCCCGAGAAGAUGGCGGUGCGGAAGAAGGACGGCGGCCCCAACGUGAAGUACUACGAGGCCGCGGACACCGUGACCCAGUUCGACAACGUGCGGCUGUGGCUCGGCAAGAACUACAAGAAGUAUAUCCAAGCUGAACCACCCACCAACAAGUCGCUGUCUAGCCUGGUUGUACAGUUGCUACAAUUUCAGGAAGAAGUUUUUGGCAAACAUGUCAGCAAUGCGCCACUCACUAAACUGCCGAUCAAAUGUUUCCUAGAUUUCAAAGCAGGAGGCUCCCUGUGCCACAUACUUGCAGCUGCCUACAAAUUCAAGAGUGACCAGGGAUGGAGGCGUUACGAUUUCCAGAACCCAUCACGCAUGGACCGCAACGUGGAAAUGUUUAUGACCAUUGAGAAGUCCUUGGUGCAGAAUAACUGCCUGUCUCGACCUAACAUUUUUCUCUGCCCAGAUAUUGAGCCCAAACUGCUAGGGAAGCUAAAGGACAUUAUCAAGAGACACCAGGGAACAGUCACUGAGGAUAAGAACAAUGCCUCCCACGUUGUGUAUCCUGUCCCAGGGAACCUCGAAGAAGAGGAAUGGGUACGGCCAGUCAUGAAGAGGGAUAAACAGGUUCUUCUGCACUGGGGCUACUACCCUGACAGUUACGACACCUGGAUCCCGGCAAGUGAAAUUGAAGCAUCUGUGGAAGACGCACCAACUCCCGAGAAACCUAGGAAGGUUCAUGCAAAGUGGAUCCUGGACACAGACACCUUCAAUGAGUGGAUGAAUGAGGAAGACUAUGAAGUAAAUGAUGACAAAAACCCUGUCUCCCGCCGAAAGAAGAUUUCAGCUAAGACACUGACAGAUGAGGUGAACAGCCCGGAUUCAGAUCGUCGAGACAAGAAGGGAGGGAACUAUAAGAAGAGGAAACGUUCCCCUUCUCCUUCACCAACCCCAGAAGCUAAGAAGAAAAACGCUAAGAAAGGCCCUUCAACACCUUACACCAAGUCGAAGCGUGGCCACAGAGAAGAGGAGCAAGAAGACCUGACAAAGGACAUGGAUGAGCCCUCACCAGUCCCCAAUGUAGAAGAGGUGACACUGCCCAAAACAGUGAACACUAAGAAGGACUCGGAGUCAGCUCCCGUCAAAGGAGGCACCAUGACCGACCUGGAUGAACAGGAGGAUGAGAGCAUGGAGACCACGGGCAAGGAUGAGGACGAGAACAGCACAGGGAACAAGGGGGAGCAGACCAAGAAUCCAGACCUGCAUGAGGACAACGUGACUGAGCAGACACACCACAUCAUCAUUCCCAGCUACGCUGCCUGGUUUGACUACAACAGUGUGCAUGCCAUUGAGAGGAGGGCUCUCCCCGAGUUCUUCAACGGCAAGAACAAGUCCAAGACCCCAGAGAUCUACCUGGCCUACCGAAACUUCAUGAUUGACACUUACCGACUUAACCCCCAAGAGUACCUCACCUCCACUGCCUGCCGCCGGAACCUGGCCGGGGACGUCUGUGCCAUCAUGAGGGUCCAUGCCUUCCUCGAGCAGUGGGGUCUUAUUAACUACCAGGUGGAUGCCGAGAGCCGACCAACCCCCAUGGGGCCUCCGCCCACCUCUCACUUCCAUGUCUUGGCCGACACACCGUCAGGGCUGGUGCCUCUGCAGCCCAAGACCCCGCAGCAGACCUCUGCUUCCCAGCAAAUGCUCAACUUUCCUGACAAAGGCAAAGAGAAACCAACGGACAUGCAGAACUUCGGGCUGCGCACAGACAUGUACACGAAGAAGAGCCUCCCCUCCAAGAGCAAAGCCGCAGCCAGUGCCACUCGAGAGUGGACAGAACAGGAGACCCUGCUACUCCUCGAGGCACUGGAAAUGUACAAAGAUGACUGGAACAAAGUAUCUGAGCACGUGGGAAGCCGCACACAGGAUGAGUGCAUCUUGCAUUUCCUUCGUCUUCCCAUUGAAGACCCCUACCUGGAGGACUCGGAGGCCUCCCUGGGCCCCCUGGCCUACCAGCCCAUCCCCUUCAGUCAGUCGGGCAACCCUGUCAUGAGCACUGUCGCCUUCCUGGCCUCUGUCGUCGAUCCCCGCGUCGCGUCUGCUGCUGCAAAGUCUGCCCUAGAGGAGUUCUCCAAAAUGAAGGAAGAGGUGCCCACAGCCUUGGUGGAAGCCCACGUUCGGAAAGUGGAGGAAGCAGCCAAAGUGACAGGCAAGGCUGACCCAGCCUUUGGCCUGGAAAGCAGCGGCAUCGCAGGAACCACCUCUGAUGAGCCUGAGCGGAUUGGCCCAGAGGAGAGCGGGACUGACGAAGCCCGGGCGGAGGGCCAGGCCACAGAUGAGAAGAAGGAGCCCAAGGAGCCCCGGGAAGGAGGAGGGGCUGGAGAGGAGGAGGCCAAGGAGAAAACUAGCGAGGCCCCCAAGAAGGAUGAGGAGAAAGGGAAAGAAGGCGACAGCGAGAGGGAACCAGAGAAGAGUGAUGGUGACUCAAUAGCUGAUCCGGAGAAGGAGAAGGAGCCAAAGGAAGGGCAAGAGGAAGUACUGAAGGAAGUGGUGGAGUCAGAGGGGGAAAGGAAGACAAAGGUGGAGCGGGACAUUGGUGAGGGCAACCUCUCCACCGCCGCCGCCGCCGCCCUUGCUGCCGCCGCUGUGAAGGCCAAGCACUUAGCUGCCGUUGAAGAAAGGAAGAUCAAGUCUUUGGUGGCUCUGCUCGUGGAAACUCAGAUGAAAAAGUUGGAGAUCAAACUCCGGCACUUCGAGGAGCUAGAGACGAUCAUGGACCGGGAGCGAGAAGCACUGGAGUAUCAGAGGCAGCAGCUCCUGGCCGACAGACAAGCCUUCCACAUGGAGCAGCUAAAGUACGCGGAGAUGAGGGCCCGGCAGCAGCACUUCCAACAGAUGCACCAACAGCAGCAGCAGCCACCGCCAACCCUGCCCCCAGGUUCCCAGCCUAUCCCCCCUACAGGGGCUGCUGGGCCACCCGCAGUCCAUGGCUUGGCCGUGGCUCCAGCCUCUGUGGCCCCUGCUCCUGCUGGCAGUGGGGUCCCUCCUGGAAGCUUGGGCCCUUCUGAACAGAUUGGGCAGGCAGGGUCAACGGCAGGGCCACAGCAGCAGCAACCAGCUGGAGCCCCCCAGCCUGGGGCAGUCCCACCAGGGGUACCCCCCCCUGGACCCCAUGGCCCCUCACCGUUCCCCAACCAACAAACUCCUCCCUCAAUGAUGCCAGGGGCAGUGCCAGGCAGCGGGCACCCAGGCGUGGCGGGUAAUGCUCCUUUGGGUUUGCCUUUUGGCAUGCCGCCUCCUCCUCCUCCUGCUCCAUCCAUCAUCCCAUUUGGUAGUCUAGCCGACCCCAUCAGUAUUAACCUUCCCCCUCCUCCUAACCUGCAUGGGCAUCACCACCAUCUCCCGUUCGCCCCGGGCACUCUCCCCCCACCUAACCUGCCUGUGUCCAUGGCGAACCCUCUACAUCCUAACCUGCCGGCGACCACCACCAUGCCAUCCUCCUUGCCUCUCGGGCCGGGGCUCGGAUCCGCCGCAGCCCAGAGCCCUGCCAUUGUGGCAGCUGUUCAGGGCAACCUCCUGCCCAGUGCCAGCCCACUGCCAGACCCAGGCACCCCUCUGCCUCCAGACCCCACAGCCCCGAGCCCAGGCACAGUCACCCCUGUGCCACCUCCACAGUGAGCAGCCAGCCAGACAACUCCCCCUCACCCCCAAGGAGAUCACGGUUCCAGGAACAGCCCUCCCCCAACCACUGGGACCCUUGCCCAGCCUGGAGAGUUCAUCACUACGUAAGGAAAGCUCCUCCUGCCCCUCCACAGCCCGCUGCCGUGCCCUGCGGGGGCUUGCGUUUUUCUAUCAGAGUAUCUAAGGACUGUUUCAAAGCUGUUUCUCGUGUCUCUGAGAGGCUAGGAUGGGAAGGCUGCCCUCAGCAGAAGGGCCGGAAGGUGCUCAUCCAGGGUUCUAAUUAACCACUUCUAAGGGCGCAUCCCCUCAAAACUACUGCAUUUUUUUAAUGGAUUAAAAAAAAACUAAGCCCUUCAAAAAGUAGAGAUUUUAAAAAGCCACAUUUGAACUCCCUUCAAUAACCAAGUCUUACAUUUUUUAGAGGAUGACAAUUUCAAGAAAGGGGAACUGAGGUUCUGGGGAACGCUCUGGUAGAAUAGGGUGCAGAGCCUGUCUCCCCCAGCCCCUGGCUGGUGGCCGAGUCGCCGCCCAGCUCCCUCACCCACCGCCCCUGCGCACUCAUGCCCGCUGCUGCUUCCCAUUGUUGCUUUCAGGCUGCCCAGCUCAGCCAACGACCCCUUGCCCUCUGGAUGUCAGUUUUGUGUUUUUAAAAGUCGCCUGUUUAGUUGA